UGUAAACAAACUCUCCAGUCGCUUCAUGUAGCAGCCGUUCGUCAGAGAGCGUUCAACGCGAACUAACUAGUCAACUAGUCAUAUUAUGCGUGACGCCCCAACGAAUAGCGCAUGAACCUGCAGAUGACCUUUUUGUGCAGCUGAACAUGGGUGUCAAGGGAUUGCAGUACUUCAUGGAGACAUGUUGCCCAGACACUUGUGUGCCAGUGGACCUGAAACAGAUGGCAUUGAAUCAUGCCAAAGCCCAUCCGGACAGCGCCGCCACGCUAGUAGUGGAUGGAAUGGCCUGUUUACGAUACUGGUAUCGCUGUCAAGCUUGGGUUCAUGGUGGUCAGUGGCAAGAGUAUAUGCAUAUCCUUCAAGAAUUUGUCGAUGCGUUCACGGCUGCGGGCAUACGCUUAGUCUUUUUCUUCGACGGAACGGUCGAGGAGCAAAAGCGGGCAGAAUGGGUGAAGAGGCGUCUGAGAGUCAACCAAGACAUAGCAAGAAUAUUUCAGCACAUUAAGACUCACGGUGUGCAGCCAAACAGCAGAGACCUUUUCUGCCUUCCCUCUGGACUCGCAACCUUCUCCAGAUUUGCCCUCAAAAGCCUUGGUCAAGAAACAAGAUGCUCGGUCCGAGAAGGAGAUUACGAGAUUUCCGACUAUGCUUUGUCUCACGACUGCAUGGGCAUCCUUGGGCAAGAUACAGACUUUGUCAUCUACAACACAGCCCCGUACUUGUCCAUUAGUAAGCUCAAUUUAAACAACAUGACAACAGUUCAGUUCUCCAGAGAGAGGUUAUGCCAAGUUUUAAAGCUGCAUAUGACUGACCUUCCUCUCUUGUCCUGUCUGUUGGGUAAUGACGUAGUGCCAGAGCAUCAAACGCAGCGUCUUCGCAACAGCGCUUUGGCGUCAUAUCGAAAGAAACGCACGCAAGUUCAGGGAGACAAGGUCUACGCUGUUGCAGAGUUCAUUACUGCUCAUCAUCCCAGCAGGGAGGAAACUCUGAUGUUAGUUGAAGCAGAGGAAGAAGCUUUAAAUAAGGGAAUACGCAUAUAUUUACUUCCAGGGCAAACGUCCCCUUGGUUAAAGUGCAGCCGUCCCUUUCCUGAGUCUGCUGUGUGUUCGAUGGACAAGUAUGUACCCAGUGAAAUAUUACAGGCAGCGGUGGAGAAGCACAUGCGGGCAGAGUGUUUCCUGCUCUAUAACGUGUUGUAUGAUGGAGUCGUGGACUGCAGUAACUCAUUGGAGGAUGAGGAUGAGGUCGAGUUACCACCGCAGGCCGUCUUAUAUCUGCCUGUACGAGAACGCAUCUAUGGCCUGUUUCUACCAGUCCAGCCAGAUUGUUACGGUCACGCUGUGUCAGUCAAGGAAUGGUUCGUCUUCCCAGGAAAUCCACUUCAGGAGCCUACCAGAGUCACUCCAAAACCCCUCAACUAUACAAAAGGGCCCCCUGAUCUGAUGGCCCUGUGGUUUAGGACAGACCCAGACGUGAAAACAAUCCAAGCAUCAACACUCCUGGAUGUCUUUGACCUGUAUGAGUUUACUGAAGAGCUGAAGCAGUUUGACAGCCCUAUGAUUGCUGUGAUUUGUCUUGUAACCUACAUUGCCAUUCAGACGAGACAGCUUUCUCUGGAAGACGUAGAUGCAUAUCUAAGCCAAGCUGUUUGUGUCAGAUUCAAGUCCUUCACAGAAAUGCAACAGCUCAGGACCUCUGUUGUAGACCCUAGGGCCGUCCAGCUCGGGUCUCUCUUUGUGCGCGGUCUGACCUACCUCAUCGCAGCCAACAGUGCAUGUGGUUUCCCUUUCCCAAUGGGUGAACUCAUGCCGUGGAAGACCUUUGACGGCCUGCUCUUCCAUUCGAAAUAUCUGCAAGCCCACUCAGGCAGUCCAAAAGAAGAGCUUCUCGAAGGCAAUCCCUCCUGGAUAUCUUUGUUCCUGUCCGUCAGAGAGCUGGUGCUGGGAGCCUGCAGGAGACGUGGCACUCCCGUUCUAAGCCAACCACGCAGACUACAGUACAGAGAUGGUGCGGAUCACUCCACAAUUCCUUAUCCAUCACAUUACCUGAUAGAAAUUAAUUUUCACACUAACUUUCUGGGAAAACAUAGAAUUGUACAAAAUGGAUUUAAAUGGAUUCUCAGAAUUAAAAUUUCCUGA